GAGUCACUUUUGCAGUCUUACAUGUACGAAGUGAAUAUUCAGUAUUAGCUUAUAUAUCAUUAAACGUCAGUUAUGAGAAAGAAAGCCGCAUUCAUUAGGAUCUUGGAAAGGCUUCAGCUAAGCUCCGCUGGGCUGAGUUCACCCAGUUAUUGCUUUCUAAUUCCAAACCUUUGCUAAGAUUGAAAAAGUUUUGGAUUCCCACAAAGUUCUCUUCCUGUCGCAUACCAAAAGAUUUCCCGCCUAAAGUCGUUAGAAGCCAAACUAACUAACCGCAAACCAUAGCCCUCUUACUUCAGCUCCCUACAAGACAACGCCAAACGUUUUCUCCAUCUCAAUCUUCAGCAAAUCUCUCUCUCUCUCUCAAGCAGCUUGAAGAAAAGCAGAUCUCCUGAAACAUGAUGAGACCUGGUCAUCUUCCAGUUUCGCUACCACAGGGUAAAGUUGCCAAGAAGGAAAGAGGGGCCUCUAAGUCUCGAGUGUUUCCAUUGGCAGAGAAAUGGACCCAUGCCAUUCCCGUGGUCGUCCUACUCAGUUUCUUCAUCCUCUGGUGGUUCUCUCGUCCAGCAGUGACUGUGGAGAUCAAGGAUGGCAGAAUUGUGGCCAUACAUCCGGUCGAAAUGCCAUUGCCUCUUAAUACUUCUCAGAUUGAACUCGCCAUCCUGGCGUCUGCUACAUCUCCAAUCGCCUCAGUCCCACAGAAUCUCACAGGGAAUGGAACUGAAGCACAUGCAGUGAGUGAAAGUAAUUGAAGAAUUUGUUUCUGAAAAUAGAAAACAGUUUUUAGGAAUUCUCUUUUCUGUCGAUGUUGUAGUUAGGAUCUCAAGUGCCCCCCUUAUGGAAUUAGAGGUACAACAUUUUUCCUUUUGCUGUAUCAUGAAUAUGGCAAAAGAGAUAGUAAGGGAACCUUCUGUAACAAGUGAUUCUGCAUAUAAACUGUUGUUGAUUUGUUUGUAUUGAAUUACAAAUACAGACACCAACAAGAGAGAAACGCAUGCAAUCAUGUAUGACUCAUUUCAUGAUUAGUAAUGUGGGCAAAUAGUUUUCUUUCCUGA